CAGCCAUCUUCCUCCGCAAUCUCGCCAUCGAACUCCUCCUCCACCUUCAGCCCUCCUCCGUCGAGCUCCUCCUCUGUCCGCCGACGAUGACGCCACGCCGCCAGGACACAGAUUUUGGCAGCGUUAUAAAUUGUUCGCCAAGGUGCAGAUGUGAUGCCCAGGAGCCAGCUUAAUGACGUUUUGGAUGCUGAACUAGGUCCUGAUUGGUCGUCUAAGUUAAGGAGUUUUGAUUAUGAGCCUCUCGCUGCAGCAAUUAUUGGCCAGAGAAAAAGAUUGAUGAGCUACAUAAUCGUUCUGGACCUUGCAUCUCCUGUGUUGUUGAUUUAUGGUGAUUUUUGUAAUGUGAUCAAAUGCCAUCUUCUUGCAACACGAGAAAAGUAUCUCUGUGGAUUUUGUUGAGCAUUUAUGUAAUCUUCUUCAGAUGUAAUAUUUUGUGAUGUUUCCAACUGCUAUAAUCCACUUCAUGCGUUGUAUAAGACUAUAGUUUGAUGUGGGGAUUUUGUUGAGCAGUGGUCUUCUGUAUAUACAAGUUGUGUGAAUCUUAUGAUA